GCAGAAGUACAUGCACAAUGAUUUAUUAUGUUCAGCUCACAGGUUUUUCGCAAGAGAAAUAUUAAUUAACGGGUCACUCGAUAAAACAAAUGAGUAAAGAAAACAGAAUGUUAUCUAUAUAAUUGAUUAAUAUAAGCUGUUAAAUAUAAUUAUAUAACCAGCGUUUAUUAAUACUAUCAAUCAGUCUAUUAAAACAAAUUUGAGGUUAGUUAUUACAUGUAAAUUCAUGUUAGAUUUCAUCACAUAGACUCAUAACCUCUUUCAAUGCUGUAUCUUUUAUAUAUUAAGCUUACGAAAAAGGUAUAUUAAAAUUGUGAAGAAGGAAAAAUAAAAGAAUGCGGUGUGUUACAACGAUUAAGAGUAAAUUAUUACCAGUGUUUCGUCAUAAUGGAACGAUCAGUCGAUCGUUUUACAGAAAUCAUCAUCUAGAAACUCAUAAUAUAUUACCGGUUUAUAUUAAACCACAAUUUCCUCGAACAGAAUUUCCUAAUCAAAGACUUGGAAUAUUAACUCGAAAUAUUCGAAAUCGUAGACAGUGCGUAGCUGUUGCAUCUAUUAAAUUAUUUUCAACUAAGAAAUCUGACAGAGAUCCUCCGAAUGAAAAUGAUGCAGAGCAAUCAGAGGACUAUUCAGCUACAUUACCUGCUACAGUGGUUGUACCAGAAGUAUGGCCUCAUGUACCAGUUAUUGCAAUCAGUAGAAAUCCUGUUUUUCCUAGAUUUAUCAAGCUUAUAGAACUUUCUAAUCCUAUUCUCAUUGAUUUAAUACGUAGGAAGGUUAAAUUAAAUCAGCCUUAUGUUGGGAUAUUUUUGAAAAAGACCGAAGAAAAUGAAGCAGAGAUAGUACAAAAUCUUGAUGAUAUUUAUUCCGUUGGCACAUUUGCACAAAUUCAUGAAGUACAAGAUUUAGGAAAUCGCUUAAGACUUGUAAUAAUGGCACAUCGAAGAAUUAAAAUCGUUGGACAAAUACUAGAAGAUGUUGCUGCUGUACAACCGGUGCAUGAGAUGAAACUGACGUUUCCACUAUUAAAUACAACAAUUAACGUCCCUGUAGACGAUUCAAUGACCACUGGUAAAGUGAGCCGUAGAACAACAUCACGUAAAAAGUCAGGAUCAGAAAAAUUAGAAAGAUCAGAAAAAUUAGAUAAUUCAAGUGCAGGAGAAGAUACUCCACAGAAUAAACCACUAAUUGAAGAAAAACAAGCAGAGCCUUCUUCCGAAUCAACGACAUCGGAAUCUCAGCCAAUUUUAAUGGUAGAAGUUGUAAAUGUUACUCAUGAAAAAUUUAGACAAACAGAAGAAAUUAAGGCACUUACACAAGAAUUAAUUAAAACUAUUAGAGAUAUCAUAAGUAUGAAUCCAUUGUAUCGUGAAUCUCUGCAACAAAUGCUUCAUCAAGGACAAAGAGUAGUCGACAAUCCAGUUUACCUGAGUGAUUUAGGUGCUGCUUUAACUGGAGCAGAUGCACAAGAAUUGCAGCAAGUCCUAGAAGAAAUGGAUAUUCUUAAAAGAUUGAGAUUAUCGCUUGCACUGUUAAAGAAGGAAUAUGAAUUAAGUAAAUUACAACAAAAGAUUGGUAGGGAAGUUGAGGAAAAAGUAAAGCAACAACAUAGAAAAUACAUAUUGCAUGAACAGUUAAAAGUCAUUAAGAAAGAACUAGGUUUAGAAAAGGAUGACAAAGAUGCGAUAGAAGAAAAAUAUAGAGAGAAAAUAAGGCAGAAAACAGUUCCCAAACCUGUUAUGGAUGUAUUAGAUGAAGAAUUAAAUAAAUUAAGUUUUUUAGAAAGUCAUAGUAGUGAAUUUAAUGUUACAAGAAAUUAUUUAGAUUGGCUAACUUCAAUGCCUUGGGGUAUAACUAGUCCAGAAAAUUUAAAUUUACAACAGGCUGUAGAAAUUUUAGAUGAAGAUCAUUAUGGAAUGGAGGAUAUUAAAAAAAGAAUUCUUGAAUUUAUUGCUGUCAGCCAAUUGAAAGGUUCAACUCAAGGAAAAAUAUUAUGUUUCCAUGGUCCUCCUGGAGUAGGAAAAACAUCUAUAGCUAAAUCGAUAGCUCGUGCACUUAAUAGAGAAUAUUUCAGAUUUAGCGUUGGAGGAAUGACAGAUGUAGCAGAAAUUAAAGGACAUAGAAGAACAUAUGUAGGAGCCAUGCCUGGCAAAGUUAUUCAAUGCUUGAAAAAGACCCAAACUGAAAAUCCAUUAGUGCUGAUAGACGAAGUAGAUAAAAUUGGAAAGGGACAUCAAGGAGACCCUGCUUCUGCCCUUUUAGAAAUGUUGGAUCCAGAACAAAAUGCGAACUUCUUAGAUCAUUAUUUGGACGUUGCAGUCGAUCUAUCAAAAGUUUUGUUUAUAUGCACGGCAAAUGUAGUUGAUACUAUUCCAGAACCUCUUAGAGAUCGAAUGGAAAUGAUCGAGAUGUCCGGUUAUGUAGCAGAAGAAAAACUUGCAAUUGCUAAACAAUAUUUAAUACCACAGGCUAUGAAUGAUUGCGGGCUUAACGAUUCGCAAAUUACUAUGCAGGACAAUUCACUUACAUCUUUGAUUAAAUAUUAUUGUCGAGAAUCAGGAGUUAGAAAUCUUCAGAAACAUAUAGAAAAAAUUCACCGUAAAGUGGCUUUCAAAGUCGUUAAGAAAGAAAUAGACAGAAUCGAUAUAACUGCAAGCAAUUUACAUGAUUUUGUAGGAAAGCCUGUAUUUACACAAGAUAGAAUGUAUGAAAUUACACCUCCAGGUGUAGUUAUGGGUCUUGCAUGGACUGCCAUGGGUGGUUCUACAUUGUUUAUUGAAACUGCUAUUCGAAAACCUACAAAUGUAAACAAGAUGGAGGGUACAUGUGAAUCAACUGGCCACUUAGGAGAAGUUAUGAAAGAAUCAAUACAUAUAGCAUUGACAGUAGCUAAGAACUUUUUAAAAGAAGAAGAUCCAUCAAAUACAUUUUUAUAUGAUUCUCAUAUACAUUUACAUGUUCCUGAAGGAGCUACUCCAAAAGAUGGACCAAGCGCGGGUGUAACUAUAGCAACAGCAUUAAUUUCUCUUGCUAAAAAUCAAGCUAUUAGGCAGGAUGUUGCUAUGACAGGAGAACUUAGUUUAAUAGGAAAAGUUUUACCUGUUGGUGGUAUUAAAGAAAAGACAAUUGCGGCAAAAAGGGUAGAUGUUAAGUGCAUAAUAUUACCAGAGGAAAAUAAGAAAGAUUUCAAUGAUCUUCCAAAAUAUAUAACAGAUGGUCUUGAAGUUCAUUUUGCUUCAACAUUUGAAGACGUUUAUCGUAUAUGUUUCCUAGAAGGACAAAAAGCUCCAACUAUUAACAAUGACGAAACAUUUUCAAAUAUUCAUAUAUCAUCCAAACAACCAGCACCUUUAAUUGGUAAACAGGAUUCUUUAUGAAGAUAUACUUUAUGAAAAUAUACUUUAUUAUAUAUAGCGUCCAACAGUAUCCAAGUCGGAUAUAUUCAUUGAUAAUGGAGCCUGUUAUGUUAAUCUUGUACAAGACAGUUUAAUUGGUCAUUUUUACUUCAUUUUUAAAUGCUAUUGAAAAAUAUGUAUAAAAACUGUAAAAUGUGACAGAAUUUUUCUAUAUUAUUAUGUACUGCCAGAUAGUAUAAUUAUAGAAAGCAGUUUAUAUUUCAUUACAGAUUUUUGUAAUCGACAUUCAUUUAAGGAACAUAAGAUUCUACACAAAAAUCAGUAUAGUUAUUAACAAUAUUAAAUACAAUGUAUAUUUUUCAAAAAAAGUUAAAAAGUAAGUAUGAUAGUAGUUAUUAUCAAAAUAAUUAUUGAAUGUCUUGAGA